GCGGGAGGCGUGCUGCGCCGUUGCCGGGAGAACUGUUGACAACAAAAGACGUGGGCGCGGCGGGGCGGAGAAAGGCCGCUCUGUGAGGCCGGGGCCUGCGAAGACCUGGGCUGUCCCGAGCCGGACGGUGUGCGGCGGGCCGACGGGCGCGAAGCUGGCGGCGCCGGCCUGCGGCUGUCCCGCUGAAAAUCGCGAACACGGCGGGCGAGCGGCGGACGGAGCGGGGUCCUGAGGAGUUCUGAUCUUACAUAAAAUGGAUGUUUCUCACACUGUUACUGAACAUUAAGUAGAUAAUCUAUUCAGUAAAAUCCAAGCUGCAAUGGAAGAAAUACCAGUAAAAGUCGCUGUAAGAAUUAGACCUCUGCUUUGCAAAGAAGUUCUUCAUAAUCAUCAAGUUUGUGUGAGGGAUAUUCCAAACACCCAGCAGAUUAUCAUUGGGAGAGAUAGAGUUUUUACUUUUGAUUUUGUUUUUGGCAAAAAUUCCACUCAAGAUGAAGUUUAUAAUAUAUGCAUAAAGCCCCUAGUGUUAUCACUCAUUGAGGGCUAUAACGCAACGGUUUUUGCAUAUGGACAAACUGGAUCUGGGAAGACAUACACCAUUGGAGGAGGCCAUGUUGCAUCAGUUGUGGAGGGUCAAAAGGGUAUCAUUCCUCGGGCUAUCCAGGAGAUAUUUCAAAGCAUCUCUGAAAACCCUAGCAUUGACUUUAAAAUCAAAGUGUCAUAUAUAGAAGUGUAUAAGGAAGACCUAAGAGAUCUUCUAGAGUUGGAGACUUCCAUGAAGGACCUUCACAUCCGAGAAGAUGACAAGGGAAAUACAGUGAUUGUUGGGGCCAAGGAAUGCCAAGUAGAGAGCGUGGAUGAAGUGAUGAGUCUUCUGGAGGUAGGGAAUGCGGCCAGGCACACCAGCACCACCCAGAUGAAUGAGCACUCCAGUAGAUCCCAUGCAAUUUUUACAAUAAGCAUUUGCCAAGUUGAGAAAAAUACAGAGGCAGCUGAAGAUGGAGAGUGGUAUUCACAUCGGCAUAUUGUCUCCAAAUUCCAUUUUGUGGAUUUGGCUGGAUCAGAAAGAGUGACCAAAACGGGGAACACUGGUGAACGAUUCAAAGAGUCCAUUCAAAUCAACAGUGGGCUGCUUGCUUUAGGAAACGUAAUAAGUGCCCUUGGGGACCCACGCAGGAAGAGCUCUCAUAUUCCAUAUAGGGAUGCUAAAAUUACCCGGCUUCUGAAGGAUUCCCUGGGAGGCAGUGCUAAGACUGUCAUGAUCACGUGCGUCAGCCCAUCCUCCUCAGAUUUUGACGAGUCCUUAAAUUCUCUCAAAUAUGCCAACAGAGCACGGAACAUUAGAAACAAACCCACUUUAAAUUUCAGCCCUGAGUCAGACCGAAUGGAUGAGAUGGAAUUUGAGAUUAAGUUGCUUCGAGAAGCUCUGCAGAGCCAUCAGGCCAGUAUCAGCCAAACUAGCCAGACCCCUUCAGAAGGUAUUCCUGACCAGAAUCGGAUCCAUUCUCUAGAGGAACAGGUAUCUCAGCUCCAGGAGGAAUGUCUGGGCUACCAGGACUGCAUAGAGCAAGCAUUCACCUUCCUGGUGGACUUAAAAGAUGCUGUCAGGCUAAACCAGAAACAACAGCACAAGCUACAGGAGUGGUUUAGCAGGACUCAGGAAGUCAGGAAGGCUGUCCUCGCCCCAUUCCCAGGACACCAGGGCAUUGGGAACCUGGAGGAAGGACCCCAGCAUGUGACAGUUCUCCAGCUGAAGAGAGAACUUAAGAAAUACCAGUGUGCCCUGGCUGCUGAUCAAGUGCUGUUCACUCAGAAGGAGCUGGAGAUGGAGGAGCUCAGGAGUCAAGUGCAGCUGAUGGUGCAGGAGAACAAAGGACACACUGUAACUUUGAAAGAAGCACAGAAAGUGAAUAGAUUACAGAAUGAAAAGAUAAUAGAACAGCAACUUCUUGUGGAUCAGCUGAGUGAAGAACUAGCAAAAUUUAACCUGUCAGUGACGUCUUCAGUUAAGGAAAAUUGUGGAGAUGGGCCUGAUGCCAGGAUCUCUGAAAAGAGACCUCACACGGUACCAUGUGAUAGUCAUGGGGGACAUCAUGUUUACAUCCCAGCAAGGCAGGAUUCCAAGCAGGUCUACUCCAGUCCUCCUAUAUACUCUCUGGAUCAAGUAUUCGCUGGGUUCCGGACUCGAAGCCAGAUGCUCAUGGGUCACUUAGAAGAACAAGACGAGGUUGUCCACUGCCAGUUUUCUGACAACAGUGAUGAUGAAGAGUCAGAGUGCCAAGAUAAACCUAGAACUAGAUCUAGAAGUCACUCAUGGGUCAAAAAGCCAGGCUCUGCUUGCUCUCUUGUUGAAUUAAGUGAUCCUCAGGAUGAAGCCCAGAAGUCCCAUCUGGGAAAUGGAGAUUUGAAGAUGGAAUGUCUCCAGGAGAGUCAAGAGUUAAAUUUGCAAAAAUUAAGGACUUCAGAAUUCAUACUUAAUAAAGCUAAACAAAAAAUGAGAGAACUUACAAUUAACAUCAGGAUGAAAGAAGAUCUGAUCAAAGAGUUAAUAAAAACAGGUGACAAUGCCAAGUCUGUGAGCAGACAGUAUUCUUUGAAGGUAACAAAACUGGAACAUGAAGCUGAGCGAGCGAGAGUGGAGCUCACUGAAACCCGAAAGCAGCUGCAGGAGCUGGAAAGCAAAGAACUUUCUGAUGUUGCUUUGAAGAUAAAGUUACAGAAAGAGUUCCGUAAAAAGAUGGAUGCUGCAAAGCUGAGAGUUCAGGUCUUACAAAAGAAGCAGCAGGAUAGUAAGAAGUUGGCAUCACUGUCCAUCCAGAACGAGAAGCGUGCCAGCGAGCUGGAGCAGAAUGUGGAUCACCUGAAAUACCAGAAAAUGCAACUGCAGAGAAGGCUUCUUGAAGAGAGCGAGAAAAAGAAGCACCUGGAUGCAGAGAUUAAGAGAGACCAACAAAAAAUCAAAGAGCUACAGUUAAAAACAGGACAAGGAGAAGAUCUGAACCCAAAGGCUGAAGAUCUCGAUGGAUUUAACUCAAACAAAAGAAAAGGUCCUUUUAGAAGUGUGGACCAACUCCAGAAAUUGGAUGAGCAAAAGAAAUGGUUAGAUGAAGAAGUAGAGAAAGUUUUGAACCAACGCCAAGAACUAGAGAUGCUGGAAGAAGACCUGAAGAAACGGGAAGCCAUCGUCUCUAAAAAGGAAGCCCUGCUACAGGAGAAGAGCCACCUGGAAAAUAAGAAGCUGCACUCUAGUCAGGACUUAAGCACAGAUAGUCUGAAAAUAUCAACUCGCCUGAACUUGUUGGACCAAGAGUUGUCGGAAAAAAGCUCGCAACUUGAGAGCAGCACAGCUGAGGAGAAAGUAAAGAUUGCAGAACAGGUUCAGGCUCUCCAAAGAGAGAAGGAUCAGCUGCAGAGACAGAGAAGCAUUAUGGACGAAAAGCUUCAGAAUGGUAGAGUGCUGUCCCCCAAAGAAGAACAUCUUCUUUUCCAACUUGAAGAAGGAAUAGAAGCCUUGGAAGCUGCAAUUGAAUUUGAGAACGAAAGCAUCCAGAGUCGCCAGAACUCACUUAGAGCAUCAUACCAGAAUCUCUCUCAGAGUGAAGCUAAUGUCGUGGGGAAACUAGUUUGCCUAAAUCUCACUGAGAUUAGAGCUAUUCUUUUCAAAUAUUUCAAUAAGGUGAUUAAUUUGCGAGAAGCUGAACGCAAACAACAGUUGCAGAAUAAAGAGAUGAAAGUGAAGGUUCUGGAACUGGAUAACAUGGUCCAUGAGUUGGAGUCUGCACUGGAGCAUCUGAGACUGCAGUGUGACCGAAGACUGACCCUCCAGCAAAAGGAACACGAACAAAAGAUGCAGCUGUUGUUACAUCAUUUCAGAGAGCAAGAUGGAGAAGGCGUUAUAGAAACCUUAAAAAAAUAUGAAGAUAAAAUCCAGCAACUGGAAAAAGAUCUUUACUUCUAUAAGAAAACCAGCAGAGAUCUUAAGAAGAAACUGAAAGAGACUGCCCGAGGAGGAGCAUCACCGUGGCAGCUCUCAUUAGCAGAGCACCAUGAUGCUGGAGAUGGAGUCCUGAAUCCAGAAGAGGCAGCUGUGCUUUCUGAAGAACUAAAAUGGGCAUCUAGAACUGAAAAUACAAAAUUGAAUGGAAGAGAAAGAGAAGUAGACAAUUCUUCAAGUAGCUUUAAAACCGAACCAUUGCCCGUGCAGACUCUGGAAGGUAGCCCAGACUCACUUCCAGUCCACGGCUCCUUAGCACCCUCCAGUGGCCAACUGUUGACCAAUGCCGAUAAACCAGAGGACCAUCCCUUCAUACAACCUCAGAGUCCACCACCCUCCCAAUUUCAGCCUGUGGGAAAUACGGGGCAGCUUCAGGGUGUCAAGCCUGUCAAACUGUGUCGCAGAGAAUUACGUCAGAUUUCUGCUUUGGAGCUGUCAUUGCGACGCUCCAGUCUUGGAGCUGGGGCCCGGUCUGUAAUUGCUGAUUCCCUUGAAGUACCCGGGGAAACCUAGUGACUUCAAAGCAUAGGCAUUGGACAAUAAAAUUUUUAAUUUAGUAAA